AUGAUACCACCCUGCGACCCAGUUAUCCUUGAAAAUAAUCCCCAAUUCGGAAAACUUUAUCUGCAUAUAACAACCAAUUUACUCAAUGCCGAUGGCUCGACGCGAGCCAAUGAUGAGCAGCCAACCAGAAAAGCAGUACUGGAAGACCUGAGAGGAUGUCGAGUGCGAAGCGCAAGCAAAAAUAUCAAGCAACAGACGCUACAGCAGCUGGCUUUUGACGCCGACAAUGGGUUGCCGGAUGAUUAUCGCGACCCUCUCGCCGUGAUUACCCUCUACCUGGAAUCGUCCCCUAGUCGGCUUGACCUCGAGGAUGGGGACGACCACGAGAGCGCACAUGCUCAAGCUCUAUCCCUUUUAGCUUCGGAUAUUGACGCCUUCUAUUCCAUCAUUCCUGCAUUAGUCAUACCUUUUUCGAACGCCUUAUCGUCCGCCCUCGAAGAUCUCCGAGCAAUUGCGAACGUCGGAAAGAGGCUAGAUUGCGCGGCGUCUGCACCUGCGAUGCCGCAUACGUCUACAUUGUCUACACGGGGUCGUGUCCGAACAAGCCGUAACCAAUCCAAGGUGAAACCACAGGCUCCUCUCGCAUCACAGCUGCGGGAGCGAUUGCAAAACCUGCGUCAGAUACAGCUGGCGCAAAUACCAGCUGCUCGUGCACGGAUGGCGGUAACAGCGGCAAAGGUCCUGGAAACACGCGCUGAGAUACUGAAGCAUACGGUUGUGUUGCUUGAGCGCGUAAAGCACGGCGCGCUAUCCAGGGCUACCAAGGCUAAGGCUGAACAUCUUGCUCUGGUUGCGCAAGGCGUGGAAGCGAAGCUAAGUAUAAUCAAACUAGACACAGCAGCAACACUCUAUACUCCCGAGAUUGUUACUGCCCUUGACCGAUACCGCCAGCAUCUCCAGGAGACUCGUGAACGGCUAGAGGAGAGACAAGGAAAAGUUCUUGAGGAACUGAAAGGCUACGAGGGUAUGGACUCUACUGAGUCUCAUGAGCCAUCUGCUCGUAGCAACAAAGAGCAUUUUGAGUCUGGCCCGAUGCGAGAGAUCGCCCAACGGUACGGAUUGCUCGUAAAAGAGAUUGAGGCGGCGAAGUUAGAGAUUCAGAGACUAAGUGGCUAG